AUGGCAAUCAGAAAUUUCAUCGCUCGUCGUGGCCAACCUUGCAAGAUCUACAGCGAUCGAGGGACCAACUUCGUUGGUGCGGAUAGAGAACUACAAAGGAUCCACACAGCAAUCAACCACGACGAAAUUAUGAGAGAGUUUACAACCGAAGAGACCGAAUGGGUGUUCAACCCCCCAAUGGCACCGCACAUGGGCGGAAGUUGGGAGCGAAUUACACGGACCGUCAAAAGUAAUUUAAUGGGCGUCUGCGUUACCAAGACCUUGACCGAUGAAGUCCUUCGGAAUCUAUUGACUGAGAUCGAAAAUGUUGUUUAUUCCCGACCCCUCACGCACGUUCCAGUAGAUGACGACUCCGACCCGGCCCUUACUCCAAACCAUUUUCUGGUUGGUUCCUCCAAUGGUUCAAAACCUUUAGUAAUUAUCGAUGAUAGCCGAUAUGCUCUGAAGCAGAACAUGUGCACCUCACAAAUCCUGGCAAACAUGUAUUGGAAACGCUGGAUAAAGGAUUAUCUUCCGGAGAUUACCCGACGAUCGAAGUUCCACUCUGUCAAACCCAUCGCUAUCGGAGACAUUGUCGUCAUUGCCGACCCGAAACUACCACGGAAUUGUUGGCCGAAAGGAAGGGUCAUAUCUACGAAGGCCAGCCGGGAUGACCAGAUUCGAUCAGCGACCGUUCAGACAGCCUCUGGAGUUUACGAGCGUCCAGUGGCGAAGUUGGCAAUUUUAGAUGUUCAGCGCGUAGUGCACGCUGGCGAUGUUCUAGGAAGCUACGACGACGCGACGGAGCUGUGGAGAACAGUGAAUGCCUUGCGUGGCAGUAGGCAACAGCGAACUUUAGUACUCAAGCAAGUGGACGGAUUCACGGAUAACCCCCAAAAAGCAGCGGAAGAACUAGCUGCGACCUCCCGCUACCCUUCGUCAUUCCAGAAGGCAAAGGCAGAAGCAGAACGAAGGUCCAUAGAGCUUUCGCCCAAUACCGAUGAUGAGUACAACAAUAGUUGUACUGAUCUAAUAGUGGAGGAACUAAGCACGUUCCACUACUGUUUGUUGUUCCACAUCAACUCUAUACUUCAUUUCACUUACCUCAAGAGUGCAUAA